AUGGAGAACUUCAAGAAGACCGGAUCGUGGGCUGAGGAUAGAAUCCGCAAAGCCGCGCUUGGUGUUGCUGAAGCCUCAAAGCAGGCCGCGAAGAUCACGGAUGGUGUGGACUGGCAGGAUGUGCGAGCCAAAGUCGAGGGUGUCGCAUCCAGCGCACAGGAAUCCAUCGAAGGUGCAUAUCGGUACACCGAAGACGCCUACAACGAAAAUCCGAAGCGGUUCUAUACUGCCGCCGGUGUGGUUGUAGGUGCAGCCGCCGCUCCGCUGGUGAUGCCUGCGUUGCUUGGGGCUGCUGGCUUCAGCACUAUCGGACCUGUCGCCGGUUCAAUGGCGGCAGGUAUGCAGUCUGCCGGAUGGGUCGGGUUCAGUACACUCCAGAGUGCUGGGAUGGGUGGUUAUGGCGUUUCAGUCGUCACGGGUGCUGUCACUGGUAUUGGAGCAGCUUCAGGUGGCGUCGCAGGUGCUGCUGCAGAUAGGCUCAUAGCAGCAGCAGACAAGAAGGAGAAGAGUAAGCCCUGA